UUUCAGUGUUAACUGGCAGGAGUUCAAUCUGACACGCAAUUAGUCUGUAUCUUGGGUGCGCCCACUCAACUACAAACGCUUAAAAAGAGGACCGAUGUUUAGGUGGGCAAGUCAUUCGACCCUGGCACGACUGCUCGUUUCGGGCAUCGCUUCAGAAUGAGUCUCUCCGCUAAAGACAAAGCAAUCGUGAAGGCCCUCUGGGCGAAGAUCUCCCCAAAGGCUGAGGAUAUCGGCAACGAGGCGUUGUCCAGAAUGCUCUAUGUCUACCCUCAGACCAAAACCUACUUCUCUCACUGGAGCGACCUGGCCCCCGGCUCUGCUCCGGUGAGGAAGCACGGAAAGAAGGUCGUCUCUGGAAUCGGUUUGGCUGUUGAGAAAAUCGACGACCUUUUCGCCGGCCUGCUCACUCUUAGCGAGCUGCAUGCCUUUCAGCUGAGGGUCGAUCCUGCUAACUUCAAGAUCCUUUCCCACAACAUCCUCUUGGUGUGCGCCAUGCUCUUCCCUAACGACUUCACACCUGAAGCCCACCUGGCCAUGGACAAGUUCCUUGCAAGACUGGCCCUGGCUUUGUCUGACAAAUAUCGUUAACCAGUUUGAUGUUUGUCAAGCAGUUUGAAUGUUGUUUCGUCGAUUUGGCCAACAACAUGUCAAUAAAAAACUGAUCUGGAGACAUCGUGCGUUGUGUUCCCUGUCCGUAACCAAAUCUAAAUCUAGCCUAAAUAAAUAAAUAAAUUUAGCCUACAUGCAAAAUCGAAAAAAUGAUUUUGAAUAAAUAAUUUAUAGAAAAUUUC